AUGAGUGAUAAAAGUGAAGAAGCUGUAAAGUCAUCGGCGGUCGAGUCCGUUCAUCCUUUAACAUCCUUCAUUUCUCCGGUGUCUGGAGAAGUUAUCGUCGACUUUGAAUAUAGUGGCGAUCGGGCUCUAAAGUAUGUCCAAAAUCUGGAAGUCAUUUCCGAUGUCACAGAAUCUGAGUAUAAUAAGUUGAAGCGUAAAAUCGAUUGGUACAUCCUUCCAUUGAUCAGUUUGAUCUUUGGAACUCAAUACAUCGAUAAAUCGACAUUGAGUUUUGCGGCUGUUAUGGGGCUAAAAACAGAUAUUCCAAUGCACGGUCAACAAUAUUCCUGGCUUACUACUGCAUUCUACCUCUCUUUCUUGGUGUUCGUUUUCCCUAUAUCCAGAUGUCUUCAAAAAUACCCCUUAAUUAAGACUACUUCUAUAUGUAUCAUCGCCUGGGGUAUUGUUUUGUGUUGUCAUGCUGCAUGUCAUUCUUAUGGAACAUUGUUACUUUGCAGAAUCCUUCUUGGUGGUCUUGAGUCAGCUGUGACUCCGGCAUUUGUGUUACUUUCAUCUAAAUGGUACAAGCAAGAAGAAUCUUUUCUCAGAACAACUGUUUACUACUCCAAUAACGGUUUUGGCACCAUUAUUGGAUGCGCAAUUGCAUAUGGUUGCUUCAUUCAUACUACAGGUUAUGCGAUUGGUAGUUGGAGGGUCUUGUUUAUUGUCACUGGUUUGAUGACCAUGGUUCUAGGAGGAAUUCUAUACUUUCACAUUCCCGACAAUCCACCUGAUGCUUGGUUCUUGAAGAAGAGAGAGAAGUCUUUGGUUUUACAAAGAAUUAAGGAUAGUAAACAGGGAUAUGGAAGUCCUAAGUGGAAGUGGUACCAAUUUAAGGAGUCUAUGAAGGAUCCAAGAACCUGGCUAGGAUUUUUCUAUGCUUUCUCAUCAAAUAUUCCAAACGGUGGUCUUGGUUCUUUCAUGUCCAUCCUAUUGUCUGACUCCUUGGGAUAUGGUCCAAAGAAGAGUUUGCUUAUGAGAAUGCCAGGUGGUGCUGUGGAAACGGUUGGUUUGAUCGCUUUUGCUUUAUUCGUGGGCUGGUUCCCACAGAGAAUAUUUAUUUCUUCCUUCAUUACAGUCGUGGUGAUUGCCGGUUCUUGUAUGUUGGCCUUUUGUUCCAACACAGGUGCCCAAUUAGCGGGUUUGUAUCUUUAUUCUUUGUCUCCUAUUGGUAUGAUCUGCUUCUUGUCUUUGUUUAGUGCGAACACACUAGGUUACUCUAAGAAGAUUACUUCUCAGGCCAUACUUUUGAUUGGUUAUUGUGUUGGUAACUUGGUGGGUCCUCAAACAUUCGUCACCUCCGAGGCUCCCAAAUAUCACUCUGCUAAGGUUGCAAUAGUUGUCUGCUAUGUUUUCUCAUUAUUCUGUUUAAUUGCUUUGUUCUUUGUCAACUAUUAUGACAACAAGCGCAGAGACAAGCUCGAAAGUGACCCAUCCUACGCGGAACCUCAUAUUGAAAAUAUCGAAUUUGCUGAUUUGACUGACAGAGAAGUUCCAGCUUUCAGAUAUUUGUAUUGA